UUAAUUCAAAAAAUUUUUUUAUUUUUGGUUUAAUCGCCAAAGCAUCAGAAUUUUGUAAAUCAAUUCCUAUUUAUGCUAUGAUUAGGCCUAGAUCUGGUAAUUUCAUUUAUUCUAAUUACGAAAUUGAAACAAUGGAAGUGGAUAUUGAUGCUAUCCGGGCAUCCGGAUUAAAUGGUGUUGUCUUUGGUGCUAAUUUGGAUAAUUUAAAAUUAGAUGAAAGAGUGCUUGAAAGGUUAACUAAAAGAGCACAGGUGAGGAUGUGA